AUGCUGACACUAAUCGGGAACCUUGCUCUUAUCCUCCUGAUAUCUGUAAGUCCAUCACUGAAAACACCAAUGUAUUUCUUCUUGUGCAACCUCUCCUCUCUUGACAUUAUCUAUACAUCUGUGUCUUCUCCAAAGCUGAUCCACAUCUUUGCCACCAAUAAUGGAAGAAUUUCCUUCACAGAAUGUAUUUUACAGCUUUUCUUUUUUGUUUCUUUUUGGAACACUGAAUAUUUUCUGCUAACAGUGAUGUCUUAUGACCGUUAUGUGGCCAUUUGCAAGCCGUUGCAUUAUAAAAUGAUUAUGAACUGGACUCUGUGCACCAUAGCAGCUGGGACAUCAUAUUUAGGCAAUGCUAUUAAUCCAUUGAUGUUUGCCCUGCUUACUUCUAAAUACUCAUUCUGUCACUCUGAUCAGAUCGAUCAUUUCUUUUGCGAAAUAAGAUCAUUGCUGGCACUCUCUUCUAGUAAUACCUCUAGCAUAGAGAUGGUUCUUUUUGUGGAAGAUAUCUGUUUGGUAUUUUUUACAUUUUUAAUGAUUCUGACCUCCUAUGUUUGCAUUAUCUAUGCUGUGUUUAAGGUACGUACUUUCAAAGGUCGCCGUAAAGCAUUUUCCAGCUGCUCCUCCCAUCUCAUGACUGUUAUGUUAUUUUAUGGACCGAUCAUCUUCUUGUACAUAAAACCAGAGACUGAACAUUCUAAGGAACAGGACAAGGUGCUUUCUCUGCUUUAUGUGGCUGUUGUACCAAUGUUAAACCCAUUUGUUUAUACUCUAAGAAACAUGGAGGUUAUAGGAGCUAUAAGAAAAGUAAUGCAUAUCAGAUAA